AUGCAUUCUCUUCUUCCAGCUCUCUUCUUCACUCUUCUACACCUUCUCAUUCUUAUCAACUCGGUGGCAGCGCAACAGUCUACCUACUGGCUCGCCAACAAGCCUAAUGUUGGUAAAGUCGCGUUUCAAGAUCCAAGCUAUCCGGUGUUUCGGAAUGUCAAAGAUUAUGGCGCCGUUGGAGACGGUCUACACGACGACUCUGAUGCCAUCAACCGCGCGAUCGCCGCUCCUGGGAAUCGCUGCGGCGGUGGCAAUGCAACCUACGGAUCGUUUUGCCAAUCUUCGACAGUAACACCAGCACUGGUUUAUUUUCCACCAGGAACUUAUAAUGUGUCCAAACCUUUGAUCAUGUACUAUUUCACGCAGAUGGUGGGAGAUGCAGUCAACCCGCCCACCAUCCUGGUCAGCACCAAUUUCACCAAUAUCGUGGGUUUGGCUGUAUUUGACGCAGACAUCUACAUCCCGUCCGGCAGCGGUAGCGAGUGGUACGCCAACCAAAACAAUUUCUACCGUCAAGUUCGUAACUUCAUCCUUGACAUGACAAACGCUCCCUUGAAGACGGCUGGCAUUCAUUGGCAGGUAGCCCAAGCCACGAGUCUGCAGAACAUUGUCAUCAACAUGGUGCCUAAGGACGUGGUAAACAAUCAGCAACAAGGCAUUUACAUGGAAAACGGAUCGGGAGGCUUUUUCUCCGAUAUGGUCAUCACUGGCGGCUCGAUCGGAGCCUACCUUGGGAAUCAGCAAUUCACCACACGGAAGAUACAAUUCGACGGCUGUUCGACGGCCAUCAAAAUGAACUUUGAUUGGGUGUGGUUGUUCACUCAAAUCACCAUCACAAAUUCCGAUGUCGGGAUUGAUAUGACCAGUGGCGGCUUCUCCAACCUCGCUGUUGGCUCUCUCGUCUUAAUUGACAGCGUGAUAUCUGCAACCCAGGGUAUUCUCACACCCUAUGCUCCUGGCUACAGUUCCCCUCAAGCCGCGGGGACUUUGGUCAUCGAACAGGUUGACUUUACGGGCAGCGGCGUCGCCAUCGCCGCCGCUGGAGGGACUCAAGCAAGAACGAUUCUUGAUGGUCAACAGUUUGUGGAUCUCUGGGCGCAAGGAAACGCUUGGACGACAGCGGGUCAAGCAUUGAACGGCCAGUUCUUUAACGGCACGGCUUGCUCCUAUCAAAAUUCCAGUCAGACUGCCUAUACUGCUCAAGAAACAACGAUACAAAGAGCGCUGGCCCCGAUUCCUCGACCAUCGCCGUUGGUCGAUAGUAAUGGACAAUAUAUCUACCGCGUCAAACCACAAUACGAGAAUCUUCAAUGGGAUACCGGAUUCCUCAGUGCCAAAGCAAAUGGGCUCCUGGGUGAUGGUUCUACAGAUGAUACGGUUGCGAUGCAGGCACUCUUCAAUCUGGCUCACACAACUGGGAGAGUCGUCUAUUUCGACAGGGGAGCUUACAUAGUUUCAUCCACGGUAAAUGUUCCAGCGGAUGUCAAGAUCACUGGCGAACUCUACAGCAUCAUCAUGGCAACAGGACCAUUUUUCGGGGACCAAAUGAACCCGCAACCAAUGUGGAAAAUAGGUAAUCCUGGUGAUGUCGGCACAGUCGAAAUCUCGGAUAUCAUCUUCGAGGUCAAAGGACCCUGCCCAGGCGCUAUUAUCGUGGAGUGGAAUAUCAAAGCUGCUGGGCCAGCGCUGGCCGGCAUGUGGGAUGCCCACUGGCGUAUCGGCGGGUCAGCAGGAACAAAUUUGCAACAGGAUGUCUGUAUCAAGACCCCCGCAACGCCGAUUGCAGGAUCGAACCCGGUGUUGACGAAUUGCAUCGGCGCGUAUCUGCUGUUACAUGUCACGAGCCAAGCCGAUGGCUACUUUGAAAACACCUGGGGGUGGGUCGCGGAUCACGAGUUGGACAUGGCUGACCGGCAGCAAAUUUAUAUUUUCAACAAAGGUGGCUUCCUUUUCGAGUCGCAAGGCCCACUGUGGCUCUAUGGCACUGCGGCCGAACACUCGGUGAUGUAUGACUACCACUUCGUCAACGCGAAGAACGUCUUCAUGGGCCACAUCCAACACGAAACUGCGUAUUUCCAGGGCAACCCCAACGCACUGACGCCCUUCACUCCGCAGGCGGCAUGGCAUGACCCGGACUACUCGGAUUGCGUGCAAGCCAACUGCGCCCGCACUUGGGGUCUCCGGAUCGUCAACUCCAGCUCGAUCUUCAUGUAUGGCGGCGGGCUGUACAAUUUCUUCGAGAACUGGAACACGCAGGCAUGUUUGGGCACGGAGAGCUGCCAGGAGAGGAUGGUGGACUUUCGCAAUUCGACCGACGUCUACCUCUGGGCACUGAGCACCAAGGGAUCGCAGUUCAUGAUUAGUUACGAGGGCACGGACGUGGUGCCAUACAGUGUGAACAAGGCGAAUUUUUGCGAGACGGUCGUGCUUUUCGAGCUGGCCAGUGAGCAGUGA